GCGGGCGGCAGGUGGGAGCGGAGCGGGCCGGCCCGCCGGCGGUGCAGCGGGGCGGGGUGGGGAGGGAAGGGAUGGGCUGCGCCCCCAGCAUCCACGUCUCGCAGAGCGGCGUGAUUUACUGCCGGGACUCGGACGAGUCCAAUUCCCCCCACCAGACCACCACCAUCUCGCAGGGCACCGCCACCCUGCACGGCCUCUUCAUCAAGACAGACGCGGCCGACUCCAUCCCCUCCGUCCUCGCCUACCAGAGCCGGCAGCAGCCGCCGCCCUCCGCCGGCCCCCGCCGCAAGGAGCGCAGGGAGCCCGGCGCCUCCGCCCGGGCCAGGGCGACCCGCUGCUGCGGCGUCGAGGCGGAGACCCAGACCCAGACCAGCAACGCCAGCGUCCAGCAGACUUCAACUACAGAAGUACAAAUUGGGCCCAUGAGACUGACACAAGAUCCAAUUCAGGUUUUGCUGAUCUUUGCAAAAGAAGACAACCAAAGUGAUGGUUUCUGGUGGGCUUGUGACAGAGCUGGAUACAGGUGCAAUAUUGCCCGGACACCAGAGUCAGCACUUGAAUGUUUUCUUGAUAAGCACCAGGAAAUAAUUGUUAUAGAUCACAGGAACUCCAGAUAUUUUGAUGCAGAAGAUAUCUGCAGGUCUAUUCGUGCCACAAAACCAUCAGAGCACACUGUAAUACUUGCUGUGGUUCCACACACAUCUGCUGACCAAGAAGAGACUUCUGUUCUUCCCCUUCUUAAUGCAGGCUUUGAUAGGCAAUUCAUGGAGAAUAGCAGCAUAACUGCUUGUUACAAUGAACUGGUUCAAAUAGAACAUGGGGAAGUGCGAUCUCAGUUCAAAUUACGGGCUUGUAAUGCAGUCUUCACGGCAUUAGACCAUUGUCAGGAAGCUAUAGAAAUAACCAGUGAAGAUCAUGUCAUUCAGUAUGUUAAUCCAGCCUUUGAACAGAUGAUGGGGUAUCACAAGGGAGAGCUUAUUGGCAAGGAACUUACUGAACUACCAAAAAGUGAUAAAAACUGUGCGGACCUUUUAGACACCAUCAACACAUUUAUUAAAAAAGGAAAGGAAUGGCAAGGAGUUUACUAUGCAAGAAGAAAAUCAGGAGACAGUAUCCAGCAGCAUGUGAAGAUAACACCUGUGAUCGGUCAAGGAGGGAAAAUAAGACACGUUGUGUCCCUCAAAAGGCUGCAUGAUGCCAAUGAAAACAACAAACAGAGUUACCAUGAGGAGAAGUACACAGGAGACAAUUAUCAGUCAGAAUCCCAUUCCUUCAAAUGCAAGAAUAGACGGAAAGACUCAAUUGAUGUUAAGUCAAUAACAUCUCAAAGUAGUGAUGUGCUAUCUCUAAUGGCAGCUCCAGGUUUACAGACCCGACGGUACUCUUCCAUGGCAAGGAUCCACUCAAUGACAAUAGAAGCUCCUAUCACAAAGGUUAUUAACAUCAUUAAUGCUGCCCAGGAAAACAGCCCCAUCACAGUAGCAGAAGCCUUGGACAGAGUUCUGGAAAUCCUGCGGACAACAGAACUUUACUCCCCUCAGCUAGGUACCAAAGAUGAAGAUCCUCACACAAAUGAUCUUGUUGGAGGUCUUAUGACUGAUGGCUUGAGAAGACUGUCAGGAAACGAGUAUGUGUUUUCUAAGAAUAUGAACCUAAGCCAUAGUCACCUUUCAGUGCCAAACACCAUCAAUGAUGUUCCACCCUGUAUUGCACAGCUGCUAGAUAAUGAGGAAAGCUGGGACUUCAAUAUUUUUGAGUUGGAAGCUGUUACAAAUAAAAGGCCAUUAGUGCAUUUGGGCUUAAAAGUUUUUGCCCGGUUUGGGGUUUCUGAGUUUUUAAACUGUUCGGAAGCAACACUGCGAGCGUGGCUGCAGGUCAUUGAAGCCAAUUACCACUCCUCCAACUCAUACCACAACUCCACGCACGCAGCGGAUGUCCUGCAUGCUACCGCCUUCUUUCUUGGGAAGGAGAGAGUUAAGGGAAGUCUUGACCAUUUAGAUGAGGUGGCUGCAUUAAUAGCUGCUACCAUUCAUGACGUUGACCACCCUGGACGGACCAACUCUUUCCUGUGCAAUGCAGGCAGUGAAUUAGCUGUCCUUUACAAUGAUACGGCUGUAUUAGAGAGUCAUCACACAGCACUGGCAUUUCAGCUUACAACUAAAGACAGCAAAUGCAACAUUUUCAAGAAUAUUGAUAGAAAUCACUACCGGACAUUGCGCCAGGCCAUUAUCGAUAUGGUUUUGGCAACGGAGAUGACGAAGCACUUUGAGCAUGUGAACAAAUUUGUGAACAGCAUUAACAAGCCAAUGGCAUCUGAGGAGACCAGCUCACAUAGCGAAGGCAGCAACUGUGAAUGUACAGCCAAUAUAAAGAAUUUUCCAGAUAACCAGACACUGAUCAAGCGCAUGAUGAUUAAAUGUGCGGAUGUAGCAAAUCCAUGUCGCCCCCUAGAGCUAUGUAUCGAAUGGGCAGGGAGGAUUUCAGAGGAGUAUUUUGCACAGACUGAUGAAGAGAAGAGACAGGGUCUGCCUGUUGUAAUGCCAGUAUUUGAUAGAAACACCUGCAGCAUCCCCAAGUCUCAAAUUUCCUUCAUUGAUUAUUUUAUAACAGAUAUGUUCGAUGCGUGGGAUGCAUUUGCACAUCUGCCUGUUUUGAUGCAACAUUUGGCUAAUAACUACAAACACUGGAAAACACUGGAUGAGUUAAAGUGCAAGAGUCUCAGGCUCCCAUCAGAAAACAACAACUAACACUAAGGCAAGAAAAACAGACCUCUUGAUCUACCAGUUUCACUGUGAAUCACUUACUGACUUGGCUACAAGAGGGAUGGUGUUUCCUUUCCAGUGAAAUUCAGACUGCGUGGCAAGAAGGAAAUAUUUUAUUCAUCACUUUUAAGCUUCUUUGAAUCCUACACAAAAAUGUUUUCAAAAAGGCUACAUAAUCCACAGAUUAAUAAGUGCUCUUUGGAAAUAACAUUUUGUGGCAGAAAAUGUACUUCUGAAACUAAUUUCUAAUACUGAAUAUGUGUUUGUCAAAUCUUGUAAUUGAUAGAACUGUAUUCAUUAACACUUCACACAUCUGUUUCUUAGACAGAGGGGUAAUCUAGUCACGAGUAGAGUAAGAAUAGGUUGACAAAUAAGCAUAAAAACUUCCCACUUAUCUAGCAUAAAUUUGCUCCAAUUCCAUCAAUGUUCUUCAGCUCUCUGAAUCAUAAUUCUAAAGAGAACAUGCACAGUAGAACAAGUAAACCUCAAAAAAUUGGAUACAGUAAAGAACAAACCCUGCAUAAGUUAAAACAACCUUCUUCUUACAGAGACCGUCUCUGAGCACUGCCUGUUCUCUCUUCUUUCUCUUCCAUAUAAAAUUGUGGUAGGAAUCAAAUUCCCUUAAAAUUGGCCAUAUAAUGGAGGAAAAUAAGCAUGUUCUGUAUAAUUGGUGCCAUCCACAUGUUCCUCUGCCAUCUUAAGAGAUGUUAUGAUGCAACGUUUCAUCAAAUUUUACACAAAAAACAUUGUGGCACUUGAUCAACAUCCUUUUUUAUAAAGUGGUGUUUGUACACAUGGUCAUCAAUUUUUUUAAAACCAAUCUAAAUUUUAUGAGAAGUCCAUAUAUUGUGCUACUUAGUUCUAGGAUGAACCUGUUGCUUUUUAAAAAAAGUUUCCAGGUUACAAUUUGUAACAGAAUUGUAAUUUGUACUGCUUUUUCCCUCAUAAUAAAAUGCUGGUUUGUUUUGUGAUGUAAAAAGUAUUUCAAAAGAUGUAAAUAAGUUAAAAUCAAACAAAGUUUUUCAUUAGUUUUAAGAUACGAAAUUUAUGCUAAAGCUUCCACAGCACAAAGGCAUAUUUUUGUACAUCUCAUUUUAAUCACAUGCAGAACACGAACAUGAGUUCAAAUUUUAGACUAUUGUCAGACUAUUCAGUUAAUAAAUACUAGCAGAACUGCUGAUUUUUAACACUGUGCACUCCGCACUGCAUGCAAAAGCAUCAAAGUCACAGCUGCAGUUGAAGCAGUCCACUACUCAUUUAAAGGAAACGUCUCACCUGACACAUACUCUUUACCUCCCCUAUGCUUUAUCAAGAACUGAACCCAGUAAACAGAAAAAAACCCAACAAAAUCAAGUUUAGAUUGCUGUGGAAGAAAAGUGACAAUGAUUGUGGUUUACUGCAGGUAGCUUACAUAAUGUGCCAACCUUUUUUGUAUGUUUUGUACCAAGUUCUGAAACAAAAGGAAACAUUCAUAAAAUGUAUGUGCAGAGAAAUGUAUAUAAGCUAUAUUUUUGUUAGAAUUGUAAUAGAACCUUACUUACUUCUGUCAUAGCUAAGGCAGGCUGCUGUGUAUUAAAAUGCUGCAUUGUGUAUAUUUGAAGAAUGGUGUUUCUGGUGAAGUAUGUUUAUUCAUUCUUUCUUAUUAUCUAUUGCAACAUUCUUCAAUGGAUUUUUAUUCAGACAAGUCAAACCUCUGUUUUUUUUAUACUGUAAACUGUUUGCUUUUACCAUUCCUUUAUUUAGAACUAGUGCUCUCGGUGGUUGUAUCUUAACUAUUCUGAUGACUGAACACUCACUGUAGCUUGCAUUAGAGAAAAAAAUUUCACAAGAUUCAAAGCUUUGUCAUCUUAAUUUAAUUUGUUAAAUACAGCAACACUGUAAGACCACAUCCAUGUAAAACAUUUCAAUUCAUUAUUUUUGUCACACUUCUGUCACAAGGAAGAAAAUGUGAAUGGUGGAAGGAACCUAAGAAAUAAAGUUCAGCCUCAGUUCUGGUUCACAA